GCAAGCACAGCUACAAACCGUCCUGGCGCUCACGAUCUCGCACUCCUUUACCGUAUAGAGCGCUCCACUUUGUCUUUCCGCUUUGACUGUUGUAGGAUUAUAAACUCGCUACACACUGCUGUAUGCAUGGGCUCGUACGAGUUGCAGGCUUACCGGCUCACCGAGAAUGGGGGCAUCCGACUCCAAGUUGGUCUUCAAACAGGGCAUUUUCAAGCUGUCUGAAGACAAUGUCAUAGCCGCGGACGAUGACUACUGGACCGGUUUCUGGGAGCUCCCCGAGUCGGCCGAAGAUGUUUUCACCCUUUUCUCGCCCACCGAUAUACGUCGUGCACGAGAUAAAAACCUUCCAAAUCUUGAGACGCUGAUUCUUGCCGUGUCCUCGAAGCUCUGCAUCCUACGCAAUCACCCAUCCUUCCCAGAUCCCGACAUCGCCCCGGAGCGGGACGCCUUGAAUUGUAUCCGCGUCCUCACUCGAAUCCUGCCUUUUCUGUACGAAGCCGAAAAUUUAGAAGAAUGGGAAGAGAAAUUUUUUUGGUCCGCGCGCAAAAAACGAACAAGGAAAGGCCAGGUACAUGACAAAGCGGAAGUAAUUUUUGAUGGCGACUCUACAACGGCCAACCCGGCCAUGACCACAACGGAGCCAGAGUUUGAAAAUGCGAAGCCGCUCGCAGAAGAGCUCCUUGACACACUAGUGGACUUACUGUUUUACUCGGAGUUCACUCUUCCCAAGACACCACCGGGAAAGUCAAAGGUCAGUUACGCAAUAUGGCAGACAGGCGUAGGCUGCCAUACGCCAAUACCCAGCACCAAAGAGUUUGAGAACAAUCGUACCGAGAUUCUACGUCUACUUCUCGUCAUGUGCAGUCGCGCGAUGUACAUGUCUCCCACGAUUCUUCCCAUUAAAGGCGUGCGUGCCAUCACAUAUCUGACUACAAUGCCGGAUAAACAGAUUGUCCUCUCUACUUUGUGCUCAUUAAUGAACACGACCCUCAAAUAUAAUCCCGCAAGCUGGCGAGUUCCAUAUGAUCACAUGGUAUUUAAGGACAACAGACAACUUCUAGUGACAUAUUGUCUUCAAUUGCUUCUUGUCCUUAUGUUGUAUCCCAUUCCAGAGACACAACAGGGAGUCACCCCGAAGAAUUACUUCCGACAUUUCCUAGGCCGACUUCAUAGGCCGCAAGACUUCCAAUUCAUUGUAGACGGCAUGACAAGAAUUCUGAAUCAACCGUUACAAGCGAGCAAUUCUUACCUACCGGGAAGUCAAAAAUCGAUCGCUUGGGCGCCAGAGAUGCUCAUGUUCUUCUGGGAAGCACUCCAGUGUAAUAAACGCUUUAGAUCCUUCAUCAUCAACACGGAGCGAGCGCAUGAUUUUACAAUUCUGGUCCUGUUUUAUGCACUUGAUCAGCGUAACGAUCCUUCAAAACAAGGCCUGAUCCGCAUGUGUGUAUUCAUCCUGCAAACGAUGAGCGUGGAACCGAACUAUGGCAAGAGCCUGAAUCAGCGCUUCAAAGGCCAAGAAACUCUGCCACAAAGUAUUCGCAUACAGAACUUUCAUGGCACAUAUGCCGACUAUUUGCUCACCUCAAUCUAUACUCUCCUUACCUCAGGUAAAGGGAAGCAUGAUGCGAUUUUUCCGGCCCUACUCGCAAUUAUCAACAACAUCGCACCUUAUUUAGAAGGCAUCGGUCGCGCCACGUCGUUGAAGCUUUUAAAUCUUUUUGCCUCCAUGUCCUCGCCCUCCUUUCUCCUAGCCAAUGAGACGAAUCAUGAUCUAUUACAGUCUCUGCUCGAGGCUCUUAAUGCCAUUUUGGAACAUCAAUUUCAAAAAAACCCGAACCUUGUGUAUGCGAUUCUAAGGAACAGAAGGCGAUUCGAGGCUCUCAGAGAAUUCUCUCUGGAAGCAGGCCAGCAUGAGUUACAGCGGCUCGCCCAACAGAGGAAGGACCAACAAGAUAUGGCGUCUCAACGCCUAAUACGCGUUAACUCGACCGACAGCAGUCGCCCUCCAGUUCAACAGCGUCCGGUAAAUUUGCGGGAGGUCCCAGAGGAUAGCGCAUUUACAAUCGGUGACGAUGAAGAUGAUGACAACGCCCAAGAGUCGCCGACUCAAACAGGCCCGCAGUCAUCAACCUCGCCACCUCCGCACUCCAGUAGCCAUGGGUCGAGAGCGGCGUCUAUAUCAUCUACAACAGAUGAAACCGUUCCGCAACAGUUACGAGGCAUGUCUGAGAAAGCAAGAGGGAAAAUGCCAGUUGGCGCGCCUCUGCUAUCCAGAACAAACAGCGUAAGCAGUCUGCAUAGUUUAACGCCUUUAGUAACAGCAAGUGGUUCAUUUCAGCCCACUGCUGACUGGAUCGAAAGUUGGCAGCCCGAAUUGCCGCUUCACACCAUUCUAACAAUUGUGUCCGAACUGCCUUCACAGCUUCCCCAAAUGACGUUGGAGGAUACGACUGCCAUUCUUGCUGCAAUUCAAACUGUGCAACUCCCAGUCAUUGAACCUGCGCCCAUACGCGUCCAUUUGUUCGAAUGGUCCCCGCUCUCACUGGGCUGGUAUGAGAGUCUCCUGUGGGGGUUCAUCUUCACGAGCGAGCUUCUAGUUUCAAAGGGGACUGCCGGAGUCUGGAACAAGACUAAUAUCAAGUUGUUCCGCGUGCAAGAAACCGCUGCACAAGCACCGAGUUUGGCUAGUCCCCGUGGGGCUGUAGACGCCGUCGGUGGUGCACUCGUUAGUCGCAUUGGCAACUUGAAUCUUCGGGGCUCUAAUCCGAACAACGGCACCGGAACAAGUGUUGCCAACCAACAGAUGAGAGUCAGAGAAGUCUAACCGCGCACCGCGCCACAUAGGCCUGCUGGCAGAGAGAUCAAGGCAGCGUCAGGGCUUUGCGAUGAAACAUAACAGCUUUUUUACUCUCGGGUUGGUGAAUCCUAUUUCCGAAAGCGUCAAAUGGAAAUUCAGAGCUUGGUUUGUGAGGCAAAAGAAGAGUUAAUUGGUUCGUAUCAGGGGCUUAGGAUCAAGCGACGGUUAUAAUGAAGAAAGCCCCAUUUUCUCGUGGAGAGUUCGUGUGGCACAUUCCGGAAAUGAUGGCAGACAUCGUCAGCAGCCUUGCAGAUCCCUACGAACGCUUUACAACCUUCGCAACGGUAAAGUCGAAAUCUGUAGGCGCGGAACAGUGCUCCCUGUCAUUUCACAUGCGUCUGGAUAUUAGGGAAUCUUUCAUAGCCUUCUAACGAAAAUCAUGUCUUCUGCACUGUGAGUGGCCAACUUCCUGGUCUUACCCUGCAGACGCCACUUCCUGGUGUGGCAAAUGCGGCGGUGCACUUGUUGAUCAUUUCCGUCAAAGAGCAUGGUCAAUAACUGAGAGGAUGAUCCAGAUUCAAAUGACUCUGCAAACAAGAAGUAAAAGAAAAUUAGAGAUCAUUCUAGUCACUGCAAGAUAAGGACGACGUAGUCUUUUGCGGCUGUGGCAAUAGCCUUACCGUCUUUCUGAGCGCUUUUCCUUACACAUUGGCUUACAGGCAUGAUGCUCUUUGUCGCUCAAGUACUUUUCUCGCUUCUAUCUCGUAC